UGCAGAAAGUUUGGAGGCCGGGCCAGCAGUGGGAUACCGAGGGAUAGGAAGUGACGGGGCUGCAUGAAUUUCAGGAGAGAGAGAGAGAGAGAGAAAAAAAAAGAAUAUCAACACAAUGAGAAGCAACGUGCCAUCAUCGGACUGUUCGCUGUAGUGGGAGGGAACUAAAUUGCGCAUGAUCCUAACAGAAACACUGGAGCGACAGACUUUGAAUUGAAGUAGGUUACCAGAAGUGAAAAGCAGAGAUUUUAGGAAAGGGGGAAUGGCCGUGUGAUUAUCCAUGACUUGUGCUUGCAAUUCUGGGAAGUUCUGGCACACUCGGCACCUUAUGGAGCAGUGACCUGUAAACUACAACCCCCACUUUAAAUAUGUGGGAAAAUACUUAAUGAAAAAGAAAAGUCAAAGAACGCAACUCAGUUUGGGGAUAUGAACGCGGAUCUUCGGAUUUCGCUUCGAUUAUUUACAGUCGGAUUCACUUUCGCGUCUUCGGGGAUGUUUGCGAGUUGCAUCUCUGCGGCUUCAGUUCAAAUACUGACCCGUCUGUGCGCCCUGGUACUUGUCGUCGCUGUGGGACUCGGGUCAGAGUUGCGGGUCCGGGUCCGACUCUCUGACGGACUGGUGACCGAGGAAGUUUUGGAAGCGGACAGUGAGAGAGACUCGAUAUCACUCGAAUUCAAGCAAGGAGAUGGAACGCUCAUCACCUUUUUGGCGGACUUCAAACAGGAUGUGAAGAUAUUCCGAGCGCUGAUCCUGGGCGAGCUGGAAAGAGGGCAGAACCAGUACCAAGCCUUGUGCUUCAUCUCUCGCCUCAACCGCAAUGAGAUCAUCCCCAGUGAGUCCAUGGCUCGACUCAGACAGAAAAAUCCACAAGCUAUUCGCUUGGCAGAAGAGCGGAGAGGACUGGAGCAGCUGUCAAUGAGCGUGGCACUCAACCUCAGUCGGGCCUGGCAACUUAGCCCGCACAUCCAUAACAUGUGUAGCGAAGCAGGGGAGGCCAUUUACACCAGGGAGGCAGAUGUCAAAUACUGGAUGGACAAAGGAGUGGACGCCUCUGUGUUUGAAGUCCUGCCCCAAACAACAGAAGCGCCCAGCAUUCAGGCCUGUCAUUCAACAAAAGACUUGUGGCAGCCAUGUCUCUGCACAUACAGCCUGCGUCUGGAGUGGUACCCGUGUCUGCUGAAGUACUGCCGCAGUCGUGACACCUUGGGCAAAGGCUCGACCUACAAGUGUGGCAUAAAGAGCUGCAGCAAGGGAUACCAUUUCACCUACUAUGUUCCCCAAAAACAGCUCUGUCUUUGGGACGAGGAGACCUAGCAUUUUGUUCUGGAUGGAUAAGAAAGGAAAUAUGCUUAUUUUUUCUCCCAGGCUGAGCCAGUGCUUCCCUACCCAUGCUAUUCAAAGUAAGCGCCGGACCUUGGUUUGUAUGAGGGUGAAGCUUUUCUGAAAUCCGGAUCUGCGUGCUGGAGAAAUAUAUCCAGGUUUCAAGUGAGACCAAAACUUUCAAGGACAGACAGAAACUUCAGGAUGGCUAACUACAACUUUUCUGGGGAAAGAAGACAGUAUUGUAAGCUUCAAUCUGACUUUACUAUAAAACUCACUUUUUGUGCCUUAUUUGGUGGAAGUUUUGGAGCAAAUGACACACGACGACAACAACCUCUAAAACAAGCUACAGCGAUGCGCAAAGCUGGACAGUCCAUUUCUGGUUAAUUAAACACCAGCAGAGGAAACAAAAGAGUCCCACUUUAUAUCAAGGGAGUUACACAAACCACCAUACUGGUGAAGGAAAAUGAGGAUGGUGGAUUUAUUUUUCUUAUAAAGCUCUGUGAAAAACUGUACAUAGCCAGCCAAACACAAAGAAAAUCCCUUUCAGUGCUGGCUUUAUUUAUUUUGAUUGCAAAGUAUAUUAUGAAGGGCUAUUUUUGUAUAUGUUCAAAAUAGCCUCAACAGGUUUUUUUUCUUUAUUUCUUGCAUUAAACAAGCUCCUAAAUUCACCUUUCUAAACCACAGGUCCUCAUAAGAAGAAGUAUUGAAACUCUGUUAAGUACUUUUGUACUUUGAUUUUUUUGAUGCUGUUUCCCAUCCUCAUAUCAUUAUUCAAGGUUGCCAAGACUUUGCUGCAUCAUGUAAAUAAGUGGCUUUAUUUUUGUUUGCAGUUCUAGUCAGAUUUACCCCUUUAACACCCUUAAGGGACACCACGUGCCUACAACUUUACAACGUUUUAAAGCACCAAAUAAAUAAAAAUCAAACAAAAUCUUGUCUAACUAAGAGCUUAAAGUUUCAGUUUCUGGAAACUCCUCAGUGAGGUGUUGCUAAAACUUCUAUGAAGCCAUUUUAGUGAUCUAUACUGCCAUCUUCUGGCUGACCAUUGUGCUAGUUUCUCAUGUUUUUUUUUUUUUUUUCUUUUUCUUUUUGCAUCCCACUGCCAGAAAUCAUACUUUGGGUUUUUGUCUGCUAAGUUAAGUUAAUUCUUAAAUGCUUAUAAUGUAUGCAUCUCAAAUCCCUGUUCAUUAUAUGUGUAAGUCAAGAAGCACUUGCUGAACUUAUGGGACCAAAUUAAGCUAUCUCUCUCUCUCUCUCUCUCUCUCUCUCUCUCUCUCUCUCUCGUAACAGGUUGAAGUAGGCUUUUGAAUUACCUCUAAUCUUGAUUUUGGCCUUUACUGCGACACAAACAUUUCAUGUUCUAUUUGUUUAUGUGUUUGUAUGUCUAGCUAACUAAAAACCAAAUAAGUGAAACAUUUCUAUUUGUGGCCUUUUGUGAUGAUCAAGUGCCUUAACAUUUCCACUGAUCUUGUUGCUUUGUAAUUAUAGACUAAGUUGUUAAAGUUGUUUCUUUUUUUUUAUAAAAGAGUUUCAAAUCGGAUGAAAAAAGUCACCCUAAAAGAAUAAAAUGAAAAAAUUUAGGUAAUGUACUUUCUAAGACCUGUUUUACAUGAAUUGUUUCAAUAAAGUGUUUAUUUGCUGCA